ACGUGCAGGAUAUCGCGCUGGACUACGGGCAAGUGAAGUGAUUACAGUUUAUUAAAAAGGAAGACGGUGUUUGAGAUGUAUCUGACAUAAUUAUCACCCAGCUUCACGUGUACUUUGGUGGACGUCCCGGUAAAUAUUGAGACGCAGAGCCUGAAUGCCUCGUCAUGGUGGAAAACACUCCCUCUCCCCUGCCUGAGAGGGCCAUCUAUGGUUUUGUGCUUUUCCUGGGCUCCCAGUUUGGUUUCUUCCUGUAUUGUCUGUGGGCUUACAUACCAGAGGAGUGGCUGCACUCAAUAGGACUCACUUACUGGCCUCAGAAAUACUGGGCUCUUGCUGCGCCGAUCUACCUGCUGGUUGCCUUAAUCGUCUUCGUGGUCGUGUUGUUCGGGGUCAACAUGAACAACACAGCUCCACUCGACUCCGUGGAUAACAUCACAGAUGUCUACGCCAGAGGCCAGAGGACAGACGACUGCCAGAAGGGGGGGAUACCGAGACUGAAAGAUGUUUCCAUCAGCGAAGUCAACAGGAUGUUCUACUUCGAGUCAAAGCUAUGAGCAUGGAAACAAACAAACAGGGAGAACGUGGUGGGAGCUGAUUUGACACAAGAGGGAUUCUGUUUUCUUUAUUUCUCCAGGGAAGAGACGAGCACUGUGCAGCCCAAGCCCCAUGGGGACCGUUUGAGGUGGUUGAGAGCCUUGCUCAAGGGUCCUUGGCAGGGCUUUCUGAAGGACAGGAGGGAGUUAAUGAACUCUCCUUGACAUAUUUUCCCAGAAGGCACUGAGAGUUGAAGCGAUGCUGCUGUCACUGUUUAGACGCUUUAAACUUUGGGCUGCUUAUCCAACACAACACACACAGAAAAAAGACAGUUGACAUGAACUCUUCUAACCGUUUUUUUUUUUUUUUUUUGAAUUCAUUUAAUUUUCUCCAGCUUUGUAUCUAUAAAAUACAACCCAAGAUCAUGAUCAUAUUCCAAUUAUGUGCAAAUAUAACAUAAUGUUUUAAAUAUAUUCCUACUAUUAAGAAGCACAGGAUAAAAAGCUAAAACCCGAUAAAUUAUUGCAAAUAAAAAGUGGUUCAAAUAAAUCAAUUGGAAAUAACACAAAUGAGAAGAUACCAAAACUAAAAUAUCAUGAAAGUAUGUAUAUAAAAUUGUGUUUGAAUGAUGUUGAUUGAACACAGCAGGCUCUCUUUGUCAUGAGUACAUCAGAACAAACUGUUUUUUACAUCGUCCAAAGCACUGGACACAUGAGGAUUAUCUUCAAUAAAGUAUAUUUUUAUAUGUAGUCUUGUUUAUGUGCAAUGACUAGACUUUGACUUUUUUCAGGUUGUACACUUAGAUUUUUCUUGUCUUUUCUUUUCUUUUCUUUUUUUUUUAAUGUCAUGUUUGCAGCUGUGGCCAUGUUCUGUUCCAGUGUGCAGCAGUAUGGCAGGUUUGGUCCCUGUAAAUUGGCUUAAAUAAAUCAGGCUUCAGGCAUUUUGUCAAAAUAAAACUAAGACUGCAAACUGUCAUUAUUAAGUAAGUAAAUAAGUGCACAGUUAGGUGAGUGAGCAGGGAAGUUGUAAAUUAUAGAAGUCAAUAACUAUAAACAAGUGUAAAUAAGGAGGUCUUCUAUAUGUAAAUGUAAGUAAAGGUAUGUGCGAUAUUACUUAAUUAGUUUAUACUUAAUUAGUUUAACAGUUAAGGUGCCAAUGUACUUUUUUUCCCUCUUG